AUGGCAAAAUUAAAUGCUUGGCGUAUCUCGACUAGAUCUGGUAUUCAUGGUACCCGAAGGCUUUUCUGCAACUAUUUUUGUUCCUCGAGACCAGACUAUCGGCGAUGUAGCUCGAGGUUGAUUGCCGUUCUUGGGCUCCGAAUCGGCAUGACGUGCCUCAAAAACAACAAGAAGGUCACUGUCCGUGAGGUGCCGACUCUGAAUCGGGCCUUCUAA